GUGAGGGGAGCAGAGUUCAUGGUUAGGUCAGGUAUAAUGAUUAACAUCUUGUGUAAUUCUUAUGCAAUUUCUACCAACACAAGUCCCUCACGGCACGUCGUCAUUUCCGUUAACAGCAAUGAGGGCAGUCUAGCAUAUUUAAGCGCACACCUAACUGGACAAACACAGUGCAAAGUAAAAACAAUGGCAGCUCCACUCGGCAGUUACACGCUGCCUCUGCUCGGAGUCAGCGUCUUCAUUGCCGCCCUCACCUUCAUCACGUACAAGCUCCUGAGCGGUUACCUGCACAAAUGGUUUGCGAUGAAGCCCAUUCCGGAGGUGGGGACAACGUACCCCUUCAUUGGAAAUGCACUGGAGUUCAAAACCGAUGCUGGAGAUUUCUUCACCCAAGUUCAAGAAUAUACGGUGCGGUUCAGGAGUGCUCCGCUGCUUAAAAUCUGGGUUGGACCCGUCCCGUUUGUUGUCCUGUUUCAUGCUGAAACUGUGGAGCCGGUUAUGACAAACCCCAUUCACAUGGAAAAAGCCUACGUCUACAACUUCCUCCAUCCUUGGCUUGGCACUGGUCUACUCACUAGCACCGGCACAAAGUGGCGUCAGCGGAGGAAGAUGCUGACACCCACCUUCCACUUCUCCAUCCUGGCGGACUUCUUGGAAGUGAUGAACGAGCAGGCCGAGAUCCUGGUGGAGAAGCUGGGGAAGCAGGCGGGGAAGGGAAAGUUUAAUUGCUUCAGUCACAUCACGCUCUGCGCACUGGACAUUAUCUGUGAAACUGCGAUGGGGAAGAAAAUUUAUGCGCAGAGUAAUUCUGAUUCGGAGUACGUCACCAGUGUUUACAAGAUGAGCGACAUUGUCAGCCGCAGACAGAGGACUCCUUGGCUUUGGUCGGACCUCAUCUACAAACUCUUUAGUGAAGGCCGGGAGCACGACAAGACCCUCAAGAUCCUCCAUAACUUUACAUAUAAGGUGAUAAACGAAAGAGCGGAGAACAUGUCAGACAACGAUUCAGACAGCGAACCCGAGCAGGGGAAGAAACGGCGGGCCUUCCUGGACAUGCUCCUGAAGACCACGUAUGAGGACGGCAGCAGAAUGAGCCACGAGGACAUUCAGGAGGAAGUGGACACCUUCAUGUUUAGGGGCCACGACACUACAGCAGCCUCCAUGAACUGGGCCCUGCAUCUGCUGGGCAGCCACCCGGAGGUGCACAAAAAAGUCCAACAGGAGCUACAGGAGGUGUUCGGUUCGUCCAACCGGCCCGUCAACGCAGACGAUCUGAAGAAGCUGAAAUACCUGGAGUGCGUGAUCAAGGAGGCUCUGCGACUGUUUCCCUCUGUGCCUUUCUUCGCCCGGAGCCUCGGCGAAGACUGCCACAUCAAUGGUUUCAAGGUUCCCAAAGGUGCGAAUGCGAUCAUCAUCACCUACGGUCUUCACCGCGACCCGCGAUACUUCCCCGAGCCCGAGGAGUUCAGGCCCGAGCGUUUUCUGCCUGAGAACUCAGUAGGAAGGCCGGCCUAUGCGUACAUCCCCUUCUCAGCAGGACUUCGCAACUGUAUCGGUCAGCGUUUUGCACUGAUGGAGGAAAAGGUCGUCUUGGCUUCCAUUCUGCGCAACUUCAACGUCGAAGCCUGUCAGACACGCGAAGAGCUUCGCCCAGUUGGAGAACUCAUCCUGCGGCCUGAGAAGGGCAUCUGGAUCAAACUGGAAAAGGCAUUUUAGCGAUUGCACGCCCAUAGUCAUGGAUGUAAUUACAGACUAUUCCCUCUCUGCGUCUCAGCAAAGAGUGACAGCAAAAAUAUUUAGUUCGAACUUUCAAAAAGCCACAAACAGCCGGACUCCUCAUAAAGACUGGAGCUAAGCUGCUCAUUAACUGCUCAUUGUGAAACGCAUCAUUGAUUAUUAACUUUGGGAAAAUGAGAUAAAUGACUCCAUCGCACUGGAGUCGGUCACUGACGUGUGACCUAGUUUCUAGGUCACCUGCUUUAUAAGAAAUAUUAAGUAGUCUCAAGAUUUGACCUUGUUCAGACCUUUUUCGGUUAUUUUAUUGUCAGUAACUGCAGUUCCAGGAGGAAAUAUUGUGCAUGCUACAUUAUGUACGGUGUGGAAGAUAAAUGCAUCAGUAACUCUAGCACUUCCAGUUUCACAUUAUGCUCUACACAUAUUUUGAGGUAUUAGUUGGUAAUGAAAUUCCAAAUCCCCUAACUCAGAGGUCCAUAACCAGGCUUAAUAAUAUACACUUUACAUAUUUAUUACAUUUACAAACCCUGCAGCAAAGACAAGCCUUUCAUUUGUGGAGCUUUUCCUAUGAAUGUUUCCUAGGAAUUUUCAAACCCUACCUGCAGUUUUUUACACCUGCAUGUCCCCAUGUAAUAAAGUUUGAUUACUGUAUUAUUGGAUGAUAACAUGUUUACAAUGCUUCGUGUGUAUUUUUUUUUAGUAUUUUUUUAACUUGAGGGAGAAACAAGCAUGCAGUAUACCUCAGCAGUAAUGGCAAUAGUAGUAUAACAACAUGGUAGUAAAAAUAGCUUAUUAUUGACAUACAGGUGACCAUAUUGGUCCAGAAAAAUCUAAAUCAAGGUCGCAGAAUCCCUAUUAACUAUUGACGCAAAACACUGAAACAGACAACCUACCCACUGUAUAUCCUGGAUACAGACUAUUGAUUACAAUUUCCAAUAAUGCAACUGAGCAACAA